AUGUUAAGAUUGUUGAGCCGUCUAGUCUUGCUGAAGAAGUAAACGAACAACGUAUUGAUCACCUUCUAAAUUACAUCGGAUCAGAGACAGAAGCAUCAGACUGGAAGAAGCUCCUACAAUGUUGGAAAAAGUUUACCAAUUCAUUUCGAAAACAAGGUUUUUCAAACCUGAAGCUGAUAUUUUGCGGUCAGUAUGGUGAACGUGUUAAGAUUCAGUGUGGGAGUCGAAAAAUGACAAUCAUUGUUCUUUUGAACAUAAAACAACACGAGGAAAUCGUGUUUCGAGUGGACGAGAUCAACAAACGCACUCUUGGACGACUGAUAAUCGCAUUGUGUGGUAACGAAGGCGCCAGACAAACUAGUGAACAGGCCGGACUAAGAAGGCUUCUACAAGCAUUCAUCACCAAAAUAGAGGGUGAACAAGUGAAACAAUUCAACGACGUUAAAUUAUCACUUUAUGGUCAGGACAAUCUAUCAUUCCAUAUCCAAGCUGGAAAGUCACUUAACCCAAAACAAAUUGUGGGGUAUGCUGAUUCCCAAGGUGAAUUCCACAUAAAUGAAAAGGAAGAGUCCUGCUGUUGCAUUAUUUUGUAAUGCAUUUUGUUUGUUUCCCUACCUCCUUUUCUACUAGACUACAGGAGGAACAUUGAACAAAUAUUGUAGUAGUAUUAUUCUGUUAUAGAUUUCCAAACUUGCAAUUACUUGUUACUGAGAUGCCUUAGUUCAUGAUAAACAUGUUCAGAUUGUUUGUAUUGCUAGUAGCUGCUUCUACAAGCUUGAGUACACUGAUUACAAUGGGCCAAUGGCACACCACUACACAAAUUAUGACAUGAUCUGAACGUUAGAGGGCGCCUAACACUAAU